GAAUCGAAUUUCGAAAUUAAAUGAGGAUCAUCUUUAUAAAGAUCUCACAGCAAAUGUAACGGUCACAUUUCAAUCCUCUGUUUCUCUCCUUUCAAAAACUUCAUCUUGUUUCAUCACUUCUGAAAACCAUGGAUAAUAAUUUCAACAAAUCCUCGUCAGGAGGAAACAAAUCAGACAAUGAGAAUGAAUUGAACCCUAGAAAAAAACAAUUACCCAGUAGGAAUUUCAUGAGUCCCACCAUAUCAGCAGCUAAUAAAGCUUCUCUCCCUAAAAAGAAAAUCUUGGGUGAGAGGAAUAAUGAAACCCUAGAUGCUGUGGAACAACACUUCUGGUCGAAACCCGUGAAGUGUGAUUCUAAUGAAGAUGUGGAAAGAGAUUUUAUUGGGUUGAAACCCUAUGAUCCUGUUAAGAAUUACCUUUCCCCUAGGCCCAAAUUCUUGAGGUACAAUCCCGAUAGGCGUAGGAAGAUAUUGAGUCUACAAGAAAAUGUUGAAGAUCGGGUCGAAGUUAGUACUGGUUUUGAUGCUGGUAGUAUUGGGAUACCCGAAUUGCAAGAUUCUUGUUCCGGACAAGAAUCCGUGGAAGAAGCCCGGGAUGUAAGUAGUGAAAGUGAAGAUGAAAGUGGCGAUGAAUGUGGAAGUGAAGAUGAUGAAGAAGAAAUGGUUGAAUUUGUGAAAGAUAGAUGUUGUAGUGUAAAGGGGUUUUUUAAGUUUGUGUUUGUAGUGAUUGCGCUUGUGUUAAUGACACAAGCGAUAUGUUCGAUGAAUACCCCCUUGCCUUCGCAAAACGUAGAUUCGGUUUUGGGUUUUAACGGUUCGCUUAAUCAUGUUUAUGGUUUAAGUUUGUCAGAAGUUGUGUUUGGACCGAUUAGGGAACCGGUUUUCUUGGUGGAAAGAUUGAAAGAAGGAGAUGUUUAUGAUGAUGGUAGACAAGAUGUGUCUGCGACUAGUGAAGAAUUUGUUGAGGAUGAAGCUGAAAAUAAAACAAGCGAAGUGGUAGAAACCGAGUAUUUAGACGCUGAAACAGUUGAUGAUUCUAACCAAAAUGAGAAGAAUCAUCAGUUGACAAACAACGAAAUAUUACAAGAAGACGAAACUGAAGCUACUGAAGUGGUAGAUCGCGAUUAUGUGGAAGCUGAAACGGUUGAUGAUUUUCGUCGAGAUGAUGUUACCGAGGAAGAUGAUUCUGAUGCAAAUGGAAAGGAUCAUCAGUUGACAAAUGACGUCGAAUUUGAGACCGCAAAUGACAUGGAGGAUGGAGUGGAGAACGUGUUAGACGAUGCAAAAACCAAUGAUGUGUUGGUGAAAGUCACAAGUUUUGAUCUAACGAUUGCCAUAUUACUCGGGCAUGUGCUAGUUUUGACAUCUUUUGGUGCCAUUUAUCGUUCAAGAUGUAAGAAGGUCGAAAAAGAAGAAUUCCAGGCUACCGAACCCUCUACAAAUCCACAAUCUGUGAUCGAAGAACAGUUGGUAACAAAUGAAUUUGUACCUCCACAACAGAAUGAUGUUCCAAAAGAAGUUAACCAUGUUCAUAUACCAUCAGUUGAGCUGUUAGGCGAAUUUGUGUUUGGUGAAGAAACAACCACUAGCAGCAAUAUGUCACCAGAGGUCCAAACAACUGCAGUUUCUUCCAGCCAAACAGUCAAGAAACAGAGACGCAAAAACGCAGAAGUGGUUACACCAUCUUCAGUGUCGGUGAGGAGGUCAAGCAGACUAAAAACCCGCUCCUCGGUCAUGUCUCCAUGAAUCAGCCUCGAUCUCUUAGUAAAAAGUAUGAAAUUGAACAUCGAUUGAUGAUCCUUUUUUUUUUUUUGACAAUAACUUCAUGUAUGUAGUGGAUUUUAACUCCUUCAAUUGAAUAACUUCAGUAUGAUGUAUGAAGAUAAUAACUUCACAUGUUUGUUUAGCAAGCUU